CGCGCGAAUGGUAUGGUUUUACAUUCUUAAUCAAACCUCUGCGCGUGACGGUCGAUCGCUUUGUGAGUUCGUUCGUUCGUUCGUUCGUUGUUUAUUUAUUUGUUUGUUUGGUUGGUUGGUUGAUCAACACAAUGGCGCGUACUAAGCAAACAGCUAGAAAAUCAACCGGUGGCAAAGCGCCACGUAAGCAGCUGGCGACCAAGGCCGCCAGGAAGAGUGCUCCCGCAACAGGCGGAGUGAAGAAACCUCACCGUUACAGGCCCGGCACUGUCGCUCUCCGUGAGAUCCGUCGUUACCAGAAAAGUACGGAACUUCUGAUUCGCAAAUUACCGUUCCAGCGUUUGGUUCGUGAGAUAGCGCAAGAUUUCAAAACCGAUCUGCGUUUCCAAAGUUCCGCCGUCAUGGCGCUGCAGGAGGCCAGCGAAGCUUACCUGGUCGGUCUUUUCGAAGACACGAACCUUUGCGCCAUUCACGCCAAGCGUGUUACCAUCAUGCCAAAGGAUAUACAGUUGGCGCGCAGAAUCAGAGGGGAGAGCUUAAACGCCGCCGUUCGCUCUUGCAACCAACGUCGUCGUCGUCAUCGUUGUAGAAUAAUAAUAAUAAUAAUAACAAUAAAUAUUAUUCAACACGACGGGUGUUUAAAAUAAUGUGCGCGCGUGCAUCGCAGCUCGCUCCUCGCAUAUUAUUAGAAACACAUAAUAUCGCGAAACAUUUAUAUUAUUAUAUUUACAAAUGAAGGCGAAAUUGACGCACGCGUGAUUCGCGCAUCAUGACUUUUAAUCAUUAAAGGCCCUUUUCAGGGCCGCAUAUAUUUCAAAAUAUAAUUACAAUUUGUUUCUUACAUCGUCUACGAAACGAGACUCGGCAAGUAAACGACAGACUAAGUAUAUAUUACCUUUAUGGCAUAUUAUAUUCAUAAUAAUAUUACCGUACUCAACACUAAACACAUAGAUUUGUGUAUAUUGUUAAUAAAAUAUUAAUAAUAUUAACGCAACAAAUUUAGGUUAGUUACCUUCUUAACUUUAUAAAGAAAAUAACAUAAUUACUGGUAAUAAUUAUAAUAUCGAUGAAUC